UAAAUUUAUUAAUAUAUGACAGAACCCAAAGCAUAAUAUGAUGAGUUGUAUAAAAGUAAGAUUUUCUAUUAUUCUUAGUCAUCUUAGUUGGUGAUUCAAGUGUUGGAAAGACUAGUUUUCUUAUUCGGUAGCAAUUUAAAAUUCAAAUUAGAUUAACCAAAAAUGUUAUAAAAAAAUAAUCAUAACCAACUAUCGGUGUAGAAUAUGCAGCCUAAUCCAUUUUACUUGCAGAUGUUGACAAAAUAGUCAAAUCUGUUAUCUGGGAUACUGCAGGUGCUGAAAAAUACAAAGCUAUAACAACAGCUCAUUAUAGGAAAUCUGAAGGAGCUUUGUUAUUUUAUGAUUUAUGUGAUAAGAAUUCAUUUGAUAAUGUUUUAAGUUGGCGUUAAGAAGUUAUUAUUCAUUAAUACUUUAGAUUCUAUAACAUACAGAUGAUAAAAUUAUGAUCAUGUUAAUUGGUAACAAACUAGAUUUGUUACAAGAAAAUCCCUAGAAUAGAUGUGUCUCGGUCGAAGAAGUUGAACAAAUCUGUUAAUAACAUAAUAUGCUCUAUAAUGAAACUUCAGCUAAGGAAGGAACCAAUGUUAAAGAGUGCUUUGAAUUAUUUAUACGGAGUAUAUUGUGUUCAAAUUGAUAAUUAGAAAUUUAUGAAUCCAAACAAUUCAAUGUUGAGGAAGAAAUGCAAGUGUCAAGCUAACGAUAUGAAAAUGAUAAUCCCAAAUCAGAGAAUAAAACAGAAGAAAACCCUAUGCAGCCCCCAUACAGUAUUAAACAAGAUAAACCAAAAAUAAUCCCUUCUGAAAAUUGUUGUGGAACUUCUUGA